AUGGCAUCAGGGGAGGGAGACCAAGCAAUCAUUCUGGAAAUAAACCAAAGAUUAAAAGUGGCUUACCAAAAGGAGGAGGACUACUGGAAACAGAGAAGCAGAACUCUCUGGCUCGCUCUUGGGGACAAGAACUCUGGAUUCUUCCACGCGAUGACAAGAGGACGAACUGCAAUCAACAAGCUAGCAAUCUUAGAAGAUAAGAAUGGUGUUGCAGUUUAUGAGGAAAGCAAAAUACUAGAAGUUAUUAGCUCUUAUUUCCAAGACUUGUUUAUUACCCAUUCAUCACCUUGUUCGGAAACAGUAAACCAAGCUCUACAACCCUGCAUCUCACAAGCAAUGAACGAUGCCUUGAUAGCAGACCCCUCAGCUCUGGAAAUCAAAACAGCUCUCUUCUCAAUCAAUCCAGACAAAGCUCCAGGCCCAGAUGGCUUCUCUGCAGGGUUUUUCCAAACGAAUUGGUCAGUGAUGGGACCACAGAUAGUAAAAGAAGUGCAAGAAAUCUUUGAUGAGAGAACCAUCCCUAGCUCUAUCAAUUCUACCUUUGUGAGACUCAUUCCAAAGGUCACAAGCCCAAAAACAGUGGCGGAGUAUAGACCUAUUGCCCUAUGCAAUGUCUACUACAAAAUCAUCUCAAAAAUCCUGACUAGAAGACUCCAACCAAUCCUACCUACAAUUAUCUCCGAAAUCCAAACGGCUUUUGUCCCUGAAAGAGCAAUUUCAGACAAUGUCCUAAUUACUCAUGAAACCCUUCAUUACCUUAAGUCUUCUGGAGCAACGAAGUACUGCUCCAUGGCUGUCAAGACAGACAUGAGCAAAGCUUACGAUAGGCUUGAAUGGAGCUUUAACCUCGCGGUCAUGGAGAGAAUGGGCUUUCACCAGAAAUGGAUCAACUGGAUCUUUCAAUGCAUAUCCACGGUCUCUUAUGCGUUCCUCAUCAAUGGAGCAGCUGCGGGACGUGUAGAUCCAUUGCGAGGUAUCAGACAGGGAGAUCCCCUAUUGCCUUUCAUCUUUUUCUUGUGCACUGAAGUUCUGUCAGGCCUCUUUAAAAAGGCACAAGAAAACGGAUCAAUGCCAGGAAUAAGCGUUUCAAGACAAAGCCCUAAGAUUAACCACUUACUGUUUGCUGACGACACCAUAUUCUUCAGUAAGACAAACCCAAGAAGCUGCGAAACCCUCUGCUCCAUCCUGAAGAAAUAUGAAGAAGCGUCAGGACAACAAAUCAAUCUCCAAAAAUCCUCCAUCACCUUUUCCCGUAAAACACCUCAGGAUAUACGAGAACGAGUCAAGGUACCGCUGGGAAUUAACAAGGAAGGGGGACAAGGGAAAUACCUAGGUCUACCAGAGAGCUUUGGUCGACGAAAGAAAGAUCUUUUCACUCUAAUUGUGGACCGAGUCCGUCAGAGAGCCAUCAAGUACUCCUCACGUUUCCUCUCAAUGGCAGGCAAGAUGACAAUGAUCAAAUCCGUCCUCUCAGCCAUCCCUACGUAUGCCAUGUCUUGCUUCAAGCUUCCAGCAGGCCUCUACAAACGCAUACAGUCAGCUAUUACUCGAUUCUGGUGGGAUACAACUUUGGGGAAAAAGAAAAUGAGUUGGAUUUCAUGGACAAGACUCACCAGAUCAAAGAAACAAGGAGGACUCGGAUUUAGAGAAAUCCAGAGCUUUAAUGACUCACUGCUGGCAAAGAUAAGCUGGAGAAUCCUCCAAAACCCUUCUUGCCUUCUCAGUAAAGUCCUCCUCGGCAAAUACUGCAAAGACAAGACCUUCCUCAAUGUCCCCAUUACCACCUCCACGUCCCAUGAAACUUUGAACAAAGCCAUUGUGGAAGCAAGAGAAUGGCAGCAAGCGCAAAAGGAACCUGAGAACCCGCCAACGAGACCACCACAAUCGAAUCAAGUCGCGAUCCAACCAAAUACAAUCUCCUGCUUCACAGACGGCGCUUGGAGUGAGGAAAAUGGAAUAGGAGGCUUCAGUUGGGUUUUCGCAGAUGAUUCUGGUACAAUCAUCGAUUCGGGACAAGGAGCAGAACGGUUUGUCUCCUCACCAUUCAUGGCCGAAGCUCUGGCGAUCCGAUCGGCGUUUCACCAUGCAAUAGAGAAGGGCUUCUCCAAGAUCCAUCUCAAAUCCGAUGCUUAG